GAAAGAAGUCAUCCAACGACUUGGUAGAACCUCGGGAGCGACCCCUCCUGCGUCAGUUUCUCAAUCAAUUUUUUCGCAAUAACGCUUCCUCUUCUUCGUCUCCGUUUCUUCUCCCCUUAAGGAAUUGAAUCUGAGCUCAAUUAAGGGAGAUUUUUAGCUGGUAGCUGCACAAAAAUGGGGUCUCAGGCGAAUAUGGACAAGAUGCAGCAGCGCCAGAAUUAUCGCAAUCUCUGGCAUACCGAUCUCAUGCGCACAAUCCAAAAUGAUCCUCCAUAUUGCUGCUUGUCGUUUUGGUGUGGGCCCUGCGUGUCGUAUAUGCUCCGCAAAAGAGCACUCUACAAUGACAUGUCCCGGUAUGUGUGCUGUGCUGGGUAUAUGCCUUGCAGUGGUCGAUGUGGUGAAAGCCGUUGCCCAGAAUUUUGCCUUGCAACUGAGGUUUUCCUGUGCUUUGGAAAUUCAGUUGCCUCUACUCGGUUUUUGUUGCAAGAUGAAUUCAACAUACAAACAACACAGUGUGACAAUUGCAUCAUUGGUUUCAUGGUCUGCCUCCAACAAAUUGCUUGCAUUUUCUCCAUUGUUGCUAUGAUCGUUGGAAGUGAAGAGAUCUCAGAGGCUUCCCAGAUUCUGUCAUGCUUGUCUGAUAUGGUGUAUUGCACGGUUUGUGCUUGUAUGCAGACACAGCACAAGAUUGAAAUGGACAAGCGUGAUGGUAAGUUGGGCCCACAACCGAUGGCAGUUCCACCCGUCCAGCAAAUGUCACGCCUUGAUCAGCCAUAUCCCUCUACUGUCGGAUACCCUCCACCCGCAUAUGGGCAGCCAACUUAUCCUCCUCCACCCGUGUAUGGGCAGCCAAAUUAUCCUCCUCCACCCGCGUAUGGGCAGCCAACUUAUCCUCCACCCCCUGCAGGCUAUCAGAGGUGAGCUUGUGUUCUUUCUGUACUGUUGGCUCGUUGGUCGGAGACGGUGUUGUUCGAAUACAUCAUCAGGAGGUUGUUGAUAGAUAUUCAUAAACAUCGUCUGUUGCACAUUCUACUACAGUAUUUGGUUGGUAGUCAUAUAUAAGACCCCUACUAAUUUUUUAAAGCCUGGCCAUGACUUGAGAUUUAUAUAAUAAAAUGGCAUUUACAUGUUUUGGGUU